UGUAAUACUAUGUAUAAUAUGUACGUCACGUGUGUUGGCAUUUAAAUUGAUUUUAUGUUAUCAUAUGUUUGUGGGAACCGAUUGAUUGACUGUUUAUUAGUUUAAAUUGAUUUGUUUUCGCAACUAAAAUGUAUGGAUACGAGUGUUUGGACACACAUAAGGACAGGGAUGAGAAACACAUGCGAUGCCUGUCUUACUUGAUAUCGCACUACAAAUGGAUUAUCGAUGUCUAUAAUGUGGAUUACUUUGUGGCAAAUCAUUGGUCAAAAGUACCGAAACAGUGGACACAAUGUUUUGAAAAGUUUGAUUUGAAAGACUUGUCAAACUUCUUGACAAAGGGUUCGCCAAUGAAUUGUGUUUUACCAUUGAAUCUGUUGUCACUUCGGGCCACUUGUUUUGCACUGCAAUUGUCUCGUCAGACAAAUGACAACAUUGACAGUGAUUUUUGUGAAUCACUUAAAAUAUCGCCAAAUAGUUGCCGAACAUUGGAUUCAUUGGUCAACGACUCGAAACAUCCGAAGAUGAAGCGGGAAAUACUUAAUCGCAAAAUCAAAGAGAAAAAGAGACAUGAAAUUCAACGUUUGUCAACAAUUACAGAUCAAUUACUGAAAAGCUUAGAUAAUUGUCGGACAAUAGUCGACUGUGGCUCAGGUCAGGGACAUCUGUCGCGGAUAAUGAGUCUGUGCUAUGGUUACGAUGUGAUCAGCAUUGAGGGCAACGAUGAUAAUGUGUUGGGCGCCCAAAACAAAGAUCUCAAAAUGUUGAACAGUCUCAAGAAGUAUAAACUGAUGGACAAUAUUCAUACGGAUUGUCCAAAACAAGUGAAUUGUGUUUUGCAAAAUAAUUCAUCCAUCAGUGAAUUGACAGAAUUAGCUGAUAAUCACCUGUUAUUAGGUCUACACGCUUGCGGWCCACUUUCGGCGAUAAUAUUGAAACAAUUGCGAGAAUGUCAAUCAGCCAAAGGAUUGAUUUUAGUCAGUUGUUGUUAUUUUAAGAUUCAUAUGAAUAGUUUUCCAAUGAGUCAAUGCGCACACAAACUAUCAGUACCGGCGCUUAGCUAUGAGGCCAAAGAGAUAGCCUGUCAUGCAAUUGAAAAGUUUAUUAACAAACUAAAUACCAGAGAAAGGCUGUCAACGCUUCGUAUUCACUGUUAUCGGGCAUUAUUGGAGUCAUUGAUUGAUAAAUACAAUCCAAAUAUGAGACACAACGCAAUGAAAAGCGUCAAAAUCGGUGAUAAUAUGAAUUUUAAUGACUAUUUUCAUAAAGCAGUUAACGGUUUAAAUAUCGAUAUACCUGAAGAAGAAUUGGAUUCMGAUUUUGUUCGGAACUGUUUGUCUCAACAACAGAAUUGUAUUAUAUUUUAUUCGCUAAGACUAUUGAUCGCACCGUUAGUUGAAUCGUUAAUUUUGUUGGAUUUUAUUAAUUACCUUAAAGAGGAUGGCAUACAGACAGCACUUUUGCCAUUGUUUGAUCCAAUUCUUUCUCCCAGAAAUUUUGUAUUGAUUGCCAUUAAAUAA